GUUCUGGCGUGGGAUCUAUCCACGCCUGAGUCGCGCAACGACCACAAAUAUACAUGUCCGGAAAGGAUCCCUAUCUCUCUCUCUUAUCCAGAGUCAGCUUAGUACAGGUAGUCUACCUAUCUCCGAGCAAUCAUGGCGUGUUCUGCCUAUCCCAGCAUGCCAGUGUCCGAUGAAACGGCCGAUUUCCGAGAUAUUCCCCGCAUCUCUAUCACAAUCUGACGCCUCCCACUUCUCUCUUCGGACUACGCAUGUUUUCAAUAGACAUACACCAUGGCAUCCUUACUCAAGAAACCGUUGAAGCUCGCCCUCGUGCAGCUGGCCUCAGGCGCCGACAAAACGGCCAACCUCUCCAACGCCCGCACCAAAGUCCUCGAAGCCGCCAAAGCAGGCGCAUCACUAAUCGUCCUCCCAGAAUGCUUCAACUCACCCUACGGCACAUCAUACUUCCCCAAAUACGCCGAAACCCUUCUCCCCUCCCCGCCCACAAAGGAACAAUCCCCCUCCUUCCACUCGCUCUCGUCCAUCGCCGCAGAGGCUAAAGCGUACCUUGUGGGCGGGAGUAUUCCUGAACUCGACGCGACCACGAAAAAAUACUACAAUACCUCGCUUGUGUUCUCGCCGAGCGGGUCGUUGAUCGGGACGCAUCGCAAGACGCAUCUGUUUGAUAUCGACAUCCCCGGCAAGAUCACGUUCAAGGAAAGUGAGGUGCUCUCGCCAGGAAACCAGUUGACUGUCAUCGAUCUCCCGGAGUAUGGAAAGAUCGGAUUGUCUAUCUGCUACGACAUCCGCUUCCCUGAAGCAGCCAUGAUCGCUGCCCGCAAGGGUGCCUUCCUGCUCGUCUACCCUGGUGCUUUCAACCUGACUACCGGUCCCUUGCACUGGUCGUUGCUUGCGCGCGCGCGCGCGGUCGAUAACCAGGUGUAUGUGGCUAUGUGCAGUCCGGCGCGGGAUAUGAGUUCUACGUACCAUGCAUACGGACAUAGUUUGGUUGCGAACCCCAGUGCGCAGCUUCUAAGCGAAGCGGAGGAGAGUGAGAACAUUGUUUAUGCGGAUUUGGAUAAUGAGACGCUGGAGGGGACGAGGAAGGGGAUUCCGAUUUAUACGCAGCGGCGAUUUGACUUGUAUCCGGAUCCGACAACCUCGUCAACCCCAUUCAAAAUGUCCAACGUCCAGACCCAGAAGAAGCAGCGCUCGGCCAUUGCCGACGUUGUCACCCGCGAGUACACCAUCAACCUGCACAAGAGAUGCCACGGUGUUACCUUCAAGAAGCGCGCUCCCCGCGCUAUCAAGGAGAUCCGCACCUUCGCUGAGCACUCCAUGGGCACCAAGGACGUCCGUCUUGACCCCCAGCUCAACAAGAAGGUCUGGGAGUGCGGUAUCAAGGGUGUUCCCUUCCGUCUCCGUGUCCGCAUCUCGCGUAAGCGUAACGACGAGGAGGGCGCCAAGGAGAAGCUCUACUCUUACGUCCAGGCCGUCAACGUCAAGGAGCCCAAGGGUCUUCACACCACUGUUGUCGACGACGAGUAA